AAUUGACCGCCACCCGUGAGCAAGUCGUCGCUCGCUCGAUCUCGUUCUGUCGAUCGAGUCCGGUUGUGGAAGCCAUUUUAUUCUUGUGAAUGUGACAAAAUAUUUUUGGAAUUUUUCGUAUGCAAAGUUAUAGUGUCAAUGUGUGCCUGUCUCGAUCGAGUGUCUUUUGUAACGUGUGAUUGUGCACUAAGAAAUAGAAUGUACGUGUUUCAAAUCGGUUUGUGUUGACCUGCCCCGUUUCUUACGCGGUCACAGGCAGGCAUCGAUUAGUGCAACAAACAAGGCGGCCUCUAAUAACGGCGAGUCGAGGCUUUGGACUAGUUUGUGGUGUGCGCCAUGGGCAACAAUGCUGCCACCGCCAACAAGAAGGUGGACGCCGCCGAAAGCGUCAAGGAGUUUCUCGAUCAGGCCAAAGAGGAUUUCGAGGAGAAAUGGAAGAAGAAUCCUACCAACACCGCCGGACUGAACGACUUUGAACGGAUAAAAACCCUCGGCACGGGUUCGUUCGGCCGCGUUAUGAUAGUCCAACAUAAACCGACAAAAGAAUAUUACGCUAUGAAAAUAUUAGAUAAGCAGAAAGUCGUAAAAUUGAAGCAGGUAGAGCAUACGCUAAACGAGAAACGUAUUCUGCAAGCUAUUAAUUUUCCGUUCUUGGUGAGCCUCAAAUUUCACUUCAAGGACAACUCUAAUUUGUACAUGGUGCUGGAAUACGUUCCCGGCGGUGAGAUGUUCUCGCAUCUACGUAAGGUAGGUCGUUUCUCAGAACCGCAUUCGCGUUUCUAUGCGGCACAGAUCGUGCUAGCCUUCGAAUACCUUCACUACCUCGACCUCAUCUAUCGGGACUUGAAACCCGAGAACUUGUUGAUCGACUCGCAAGGCUAUCUUAAAGUGACCGAUUUUGGUUUUGCGAAGCGUGUCAAGGGUCGUACGUGGACAUUGUGCGGUACGCCCGAGUACCUUGCUCCAGAGAUCAUCCUCUCCAAAGGAUACAAUAAAGCGGUGGAUUGGUGGGCGCUGGGCGUGCUCGUUUACGAAAUGGCAGCUGGAUACCCACCGUUCUUUGCAGACCAACCUAUACAGAUCUAUGAAAAAAUUGUAUCUGGUAAAGUACGUUUCCCUUCACAUUUUGGAUCAGAUUUGAAGGAUCUCUUACGCAAUCUACUACAGGUAGACUUGACGAAGCGUUACGGCAAUCUGAAAGCGGGUGUCAACGACAUCAAAGGCCACAAAUGGUUUGCGAGCACCGACUGGAUAGCCGUUUUCCAAAAAAGGAUCGAGGCGCCCUUCAUUCCGCGCUGCAAGGGUCCUGGUGAUACUAGUAAUUUCGAUGACUAUGAAGAAGAAGCGCUGCGUAUCUCAUCAACUGAGAAGUGUGCGAAGGAGUUUGCUGAGUUCUGAGCGAAUAGUUGGUGCCUGCGAGCGGACACUACCGUGAGUAGGUGUUUUGUAUUAGUGAAUCUUCCGUGACAAUGUGGUCGUGGAAUGGUGACGAGUGCAUCUGAAUGCCAGCUGCUUUGGGUGAACAUAGACGCUGAAGCGGCCCGAGUUGGCACUCUAGAUGAAUCAAUUGGAGUGUAAGGAGAUGUUUGUAGUACUGAUUUCCGAUAUUUCGGUGGCGUUCAUUUGCUUAGUGCCCUUUCAAGUUGAUGUAACAUAGAACAGAUAGGCGUCGAAGUGAUCCUUGUACUGAUGAUAUUCCCCAAACCAGUUAGCCAUCCUGCACCACUUAGUGUCCAAUAUUAUAUUUAAUUUUCUAUACAUAGUUGCCUUUAGCAAUGAAAUGUGGUGAGCUUUAUUUGAAUACAUAUUUUAUAUUGUUUUUACAUAAUCAUAAAAUCUACACUUUAGUAAGUCUUUGGACAAAUUAUUUUGCUUUUUUACAUUAUAUUGAUCACUUAUAUUUCUCAAUUUCAAUUUAUAUCUAGAUACAUCACAGAACCAUCGAUUUAAAGCUAUAUUGAUUACUAAUUUUAAAUGGAGUCAUGAAUUGAAUUUCCUAAAAUACUUAUCUUGAUGGAUUGUUAUAUGCAUAAGUUUUGAUUGACAUUUCUAUAUUGAUUUUAUUUAUAUAGUUAUAUUAAUGUAUCUGUUGAUAUUUUAUGUAAGAAUAGUAACUACAUUAAAAUAUAUUGAGGAGAUUAAUUUAUUGUAUUUGUAUGUAACAUGUAGUUGUGUUCAUUUGUGCAAUUUGACCUGUGUUUGUGAUCUGAUGUGAGGUUUCAUUUGAAUUUAAGUGUAUUUUGUAUUAGUUCCUUAUUUUGUAGGUAUAGGUGUACUGUUAUUGUGAAAUGGAUCCAUGUUUGCAUUGCAGAUGCAGUUCAGACUUUGUAGCAAUCCUCACUGCUGUAACCAGGGGCUUAUUGCUAGCAUCAGUUUACCAUCGAUAAAUACUUAUAUUGAUAAAUCUAUCUAUUACAUCGAUAAAUAUUCCCCAACAUAUUCCCAACUUGUAACAAAACAAAUCUUUCAUAUCUGUCCAAUGUCAAUAAAAUAACAUGUUCAUAUUCAGCACAAAAUAAAGUAUGAGAGAAUUUUUAUAUCUGUAUAUUCAGUUACAAGUAAGAAUAUGUUUGAAGUUUCCUAGUCUAACUUGUAAUGCCAUUAUGGCAAUAUCUUAGUAUUGAGACUGAUGUUAACAAUAAGCAUAAAUUAAAUUAUCUAAAACACUUUCAGUCCUAUAUUUGGAAUGAGCGAAGAUCAUUAACUAACUGACAGUGUUUAUUAUGAAAUUUGUUAGCUAUUAGAUGUAGGACUUUAAAUCCAGGCUGUACAAAUAAAUAUCUAGUUAUUUGUAGUGCAUUUAACACUGUGGAAACAUCGCGAGCGUCUGUGGUAAUAAACAUUAGGUUGAAUUGUCUAUGGAAGGUUACUUAACUAUGCACAUUUCCUAAUGCUACCCAUGUGACUUUCAAAUGUCUUCUAGCUGGGAACUGACAGUUGUAUAGAACUGGUGAAAAUUGAAUGAUAAAAAAAAUCAUAUCAGUCUGUUUGUACAAUCAAAAAUACUCUCUCUGAAUCAGUGUAAUUACUUAUUUAUCAUGUAUAAUCUUACAAUCGUUGUACCCUGUGCAUCAGCUGUGUAAAUUGAUCAAUUGCAUUAUGAUAUUUCAAAUUUUUAUCUAAAAGUCUGACCAUAUAGAUAAAAAACCUGUGUUGUGAAUUAAUAUUUAAUAAAUAUUAUGAUAUCUAUGGUUCUUUUAUGUCUUGUUUACUAUAUUAAGCUUGGUUCUUAUUCGAAAUCUCAUAACUAUCUGGGAUCUAUUUUCUAGUUAACAAUUAUAAUCAUCAAAUAUAUUACACUUCAUCCAGGUUUUCUAUUUUUCUGGUCAGGGUUUGCUGCUUUGAACCACCUGUGUUUGUUUAUUCUGUAAUAGAAUAGAUAGGUACCUAAAAUUCAAUGUAAAAAAAACAAUGUCUUAAUUGGUGAACAGUCUGGAAUAUUUAGGAUGUACCCCAACUAAAUGGUUUUUGAGAAUUCUAUUACGUUAUAAAUCACUUAUAUUUGUAUAUUUCUUUUUGGUGCCAUAGUUUUUUAUUCGAAUAGAUUUUGCUGUAAAUAUUUAGAUAUUAUUAACUAGUUUUUUGUGUUAUUUUAUUUAUACAUUAAUUUAUACAUACUUCGUAUUUGUAUGUUGCCACAACAAUAAAAUGGCGGGUUAAUUAAUUAAUUAAUUAGGUGUUAUUUUGCGGAAAUUCAUCUCGCUGGCUACUGGAUUAUUAUUAUUUUUUAUUUCCACUAAUAUUAGUAGGUAUAUGUGGAUCAUAUUAUACUUUUGGUGUGGAGAAAAUUGACCUAUUUUCAUGAGUAGAAUCCCUCGCCGUUUGUAUAAUUUACAUUCAUACUAUGACGCCUAUGUUGAACGAUUCAGGCUCCGAAGAACUAGCAAUGCCUGUUAGAGGAAAGACACGCUGGAAUAUCGAUCGUAGCUAUUUUUUGAGUGAAAUGGAACGCUACAUCCGUCUAAACUUACGGUAUGCAAUAACGACUCAUCUUUGUCGGAUGAAACGAUGAGGAUGAAGUCAGGUUGGAGCUGACCUGAUUUUAUCCUACGUGACGAUUUCACUAGGAUACAAUGGUUACUAAAAGAAGACUGCAGGUCAAUGUAACAGACUAUAUUGCUAUCUAUGGGACUAGUGUCCCCAUUUUACUGACUUAAGUGUUAUUUUGCUGUAGUCCAUAUAACUGGUUAGUUGAUCAAAAUUAUUUUGUUUAAUUCAGCUACCAUUAUUAUGCGAGCGACUGCCAACACUCGAAGAUUGACUACUAUUAUUAUUAGUAUCCGCAUUGUUAACAAUUCCUUCUCCCCUCUUUUAGGUGUAGAAUGGUUGUAGACAGAUCACUAGGGGAAGUCAUAGUCAAAGUACAUAAUAUAUAGCUUCUGUCACAGAUAAAAUAAUAGUUAUUACGUCUCUACGGACUCGAAUUACGGUUACACGUGUUGUUCGGACCACGGAUUAUUGUAAAAUUGUAUUGUCAGAUAUAUGGUAAUGUCAGAGAUAGUUAGCAUUUGAUGGAAUUUAGAAAUUGCUUUUAUAAGUGAAAAUUCUUGUACUCUUCCACAGAAUUUAUUUUAAUAUGUAAAUUUUGUGACCUUUUUAUUUAUGCUGGGUCUAUUCGCGCCACUUUGUAAAAUGCCACAAAGAUCUUUCAUGCGGUGAUAUGGAUUAUUAUUAUUAAAAAUAUUAUGGUGUGAAUAAACUUCGUUAAAGUCCAUAAGCGAUUUACACAAAAGUUCGAAAUGAUAAAUAGAAAAAGUGUGAGAACUUUGUCUUGUCCAACCUGAAAUAAUAAUUAUUUAUCUCUAAGUGGCCUUUCUGGUCUGGUUGGUAGUGGCCACUUCUUCCAUAUCAAAGGGUAUUUGGAUCAAGACUACUGAGGUUAUUUUUCUUAGGGGUUAUGGCACGAAUUAAACGUUUCAUAAAUCCGUGUACAAUUUACACCGGGGUUCGAACUGUCUUUUUUAAAAAGAAGUUUAUAUAUUUCUUUUAAUAAGUAAAUGUUAAUUUUAUAUUUAUUAAUAUUAGCGGAAUGAAACAAAAUUACAUCUGUAAUCCUAUAGGCCAUUACAUUUGCCCUCGGCCAUGUUGGAUUCCAAUGCUCGGUGAAAUGUGGGCGUCAAUCACAUUCGACUAAUGUCUCUGACUACCACGUUAGGGGUUAUAGUCGUGAGCAUAUAUUUUAUAUACAUAUUCCAGUAGCCAGUGAAAUGACAGUUGUUUUUGUCGCAUUUAUGUCAGUAUUAUAAUUCUGUGCACCAAUUCUAGUGAGACUUAGGCUCGAUCUAUUGGUAAGAAACAAUUCUUAAAAGUAGCUAGUCACUGUUCCACCUUGUUUAUUUCUUAAAUGCGACAUUUUAAUUGUGACAAAAGUAUACAAAUAGACAUCUUAUUAUUACCUUAAAAUCAUAUGUAGAAUAUGAAUUACUUAGAUUAAGUAGUUAGUUAUGUUGAAGUUGUUUCGACAAGGGAAUGGGGUUAACUGAUAUCGGAUUUAAUUAAGCUAAUAAGUUAUUCAACAAUGUUUAUUACUUAAUUAUAUCAGUCAUUAAUGAUAGAGAUCGAAAUGAACUUUUUUAAUCACGUUAGAACCAUUGUUCACGUCGGUCGUUUUUCAAUGUGAAUUAUCUAGAAAUUGCUAUCUAUUUUCUACUGUCUACUUUGACAAGUGAUAAGUGAACACGUCAAAUUUAUCUUCACGCGACGUGUAUAACGGGGUAGGUAGAGCGAUGCUAAGUAAAUGACAUUCACCACUUGGACAUUGUUUAUUAAUUAUACAUAGUGCUCUGAAGCGUUUGCAUCGUAACUUCGCCGUUUCUAAACCUUUCUCAUGCGGUAAAAUUUAGUCAUUUCGAGGUAAUUAUUUUUUAAAUUGUAAGAAUAAUAAGGUAUUUCUGAUGUGUACCCUUCGUUACUAUUAUCAUUGUAUAUAAUUAUAUAACUCUAGAGUGAUUGUGUCCCUGGUAAUUAGGAGAUUUGAUAUCAGCUUCGGUAUCUGCAGCCCUUCAUUCCAGUAGCUUGACAACUUGCUCAUCAACACAAUGUGGACGUUCUAAUGUGAACAUUUUAAGGCCAAUUUGGAUAUUAUAAACAUUAGGUGUGACAGAAUGUGUAUUUGCGAAAGCGUCUUUUUAUAUAUCUGCGUAUAUUAAUAUUAAAAUGUUCACGUCUAGAUCUAUUAUAUCGAGUGCCUAUAGCAUUGAAAGUUCAAGUGUAAAAAGUCAGUUAAUUUCAGUAAUUAUUUGUCACCAUGUAUUGAUCUUCCAUAAAAUUACGAUGAAUUAAAAAUAUCGAUGUAACAGUAAA